AGUCCCAACAAGGCACGCCCAGCCUUUCCAGAGUUUCCAUGAGCCCAACUUUAAUGUGGACCCUCUGGAGGACUUCAACUCCUAGUACCCUCCAAUGUUGUCCCCAGACUCAGCAGGAAAUGAGCCUGGUGAAUGUUCCGGCCUGUUCACGGGCUUUCAUGACAGUCCAGAAAGUGUUCUAUGAGAGUCUACCUGAGACUAAGGUGGACAUUUUCAGCAUCUUUAGUUUAGACCCUCUGAAGGACUUCAACUCCUGGUACCCUGCAAUGUGGUCCCUAGACGAAGCAGGAAAUGAGCCUGGUGAAUGUUCCGGCCUGUUCACGGGCUUCCAUGACAGUCCAGAAAGUCUUCUAUGAGAGUCUACCUGAGACUAAGGUGGAUAUUGUCAGCAUACAUACAGUAUGGUCCAGAAUGUCCUGCACUGGGACAAGUACCAAAGGCACAAGGUGUACCUGCAGAAAGGAACUUUUGGAGCACCAUCUCUUCCGCAGCACUAGCGAGAAUGCCGCCGAUGACAUCUGCCACAACAACUUUGACCCGCAAUUGGCCAUCGGCGGUCGCGGCUCCUACUUUGCCACAUGGGCCAUAAAGUACCACCUGUACAAGAUAUUGAGGGGGCAUGAUCGGGUUCGCCCCAUGUUCCUAGCCAAAGUCCUGGUGGGGAUGGAGACUUAUUCCGACGUGUUUAUCACCUUCGACAGCUGUCAGACCUUCCGCAACUUCCUCAUCAGGUGCGACUUAUACUCCGGAGGGACUUAUACUCCGAAAAAUACGAUUGAGGCUGAAUCAGCAGCGCAGCGCCCCUGCUGGCUGCAACCAAGUAUUGAACUUCAAUGCUUAAUCAAGUGCUUCAAAACACCUCCCUUUUUGUCGUCCUGAUAACAAAGAACAAAUGUGAACCCAGGUAAAGUGGCGUACAGCUGGUUCCUUGCAAAACUGCAUACAGUUGAAUCCAGCAUCCCAAAUGAAGGUAAAAUGACACCUGAUGAGCUUCAAUUGUUUGUAAUCUUGUCAUAUCAACAAAUCAGCGUCCAUCAUUAGCUUGACAAGGCUGCAGGCACAAUCUGUCAGAAGGUAAGACACAAAUUGAGCAUAAAAGAAAGCCGACAACAACGUCAUCUAGCCUUCAGCGGCGUUUUUACGAGGGUGCAGAUGUAGAUGUAGUCAGCGUAGAGCGACUUUGCAGAUGCACAAGCUGGACACGCACUCUCCUUCCCCGUGCUAAAUAAACGCCACUCCAGUGUCCCAUUAAGUUAGCAGGUGGGAUCUUUGCUCGCACUUACUGGGAUUCCAUUCGGAACUCGAGCAGCAUCCCCACACAUCAAAUGCCAGGGUGGACGCGUGGUGGACCUCGGCGUCUGGCUUUCAUUUGCGUAUCGUCAUCAGACGGAAGCGGAGCCAAUCGUGUUAGUGCGAUGACUGCCGACUAAUCCGCAUACAUUUGAUUUAGUUUGUUUUGGGUGCCAGCGAAUUCAUUUACAUUUAAUUUUUUAUUCUUCUGUGUGGAGAGACGCUAAUCUAAUCAGGACUGCAAGAUUGACUUAUUAUAUUUUAGCAAGCACUCGGGAAGGAAUUUGACUUUCAAACACACAUUUUGCUGAGUCAUUAAUUCUAAUCAGCGGUGGACACAAGUCAGAGUGAAACGUCGCAUGCUAACUAGGGACACACAAUUGUGAAUUCCCGAUAGAUUAAAUAGUUUGAAAGUGGUUCACGUUGCGGUACAUAAACCCAAUUUGGAGUUUGUACAAAAGGUGCCUGCCUCGCAGACCUUAGGGACACGAGUCUACAGGUUAAUUUGAACCGAAUCAAUGAGAAAAUCCGAUGGGAGUACCUUGCUAGUAUUCCUGAGGGCCACUCAUCUAAUUAGCUCCAUUCUUUCCAGUGCAGUGCAGAGACCACCCAAUGCUAAUUAAAGAUGCUGUUUUUAUAUGUACUCAUUUACUUAGUGUGGUUAUUGAUCGCAACCUGAAGAUAUCAGGACUUGAUGUUUUAGUGGUCCGCAGGGGGUCAACCAGCAAGAGUGAUCAAGUUAAUUGGAAGACUGUGAAACACUUAAUUAAUUAAGGAAAUGGAGAUAAACUAGGAGGACAAAAAGUCCUCUUCUAGCUUUGUGGAUUUCCAUCAAUAAACUUAGUGCUCUUUUGAAUGCAGGAGUUUGGUUUCAGCCCAUGUUGAGACUUUAAGUACUGUUUGAAUGUAAUCAAAAAAAAAAAGCGUGACUGGUGUUCUGUAACAAACAUCUUGAAUGCCAAUGAAUCCAAGUCCGAAUCCAAAGUUUUGAACAUUUAUAAAAAAGGACUGGUACUACAUUUUUUAAACUAAGGUCGAGUUUUGUCUGCAUUUGGUUUUUCCCAAGUUUGAUGUUGAUCACACAUGUUUAUCUUUCUUGCGACAACCUGAUUAUUUUGCGUAAUGAGCCUCUUCCUUGAAUCAAAUCUGUCCUACGUGAACUCCUCUACUCUUGUAUUAUGAGAUCUUAGAGUGUUUGAUUGCAAACUGUUUAUUCCCCUUUCACUCAUGCAUCUGCUAACAA